AACUAUACACUCACUCGAUUGGUUUAACGAGUUCUGUUUUUUUAUUACUUUUAAUAGUUAGCAAAAUAUUGAUUUUUGUGGUUAGUGGUUAACCACUACCCACAACAGUUUACCCACAUUAACCACAUUAGUUAUAUUUAUUUCUUCAAAAUACUUUGUAACCCACAUUAACCACAUUUGUUAUAUUAGUUUGUGAAACUUGGAAGACUAAGAAUUUAAGUAGCUACCAAAAUCAAAUAUGCACUUAUUUUAUAAAACAAAACCAAGUCAAUAUGCAAUGUUCAUAUGAGAUACUUUUAUUAAAUAAGCAUUGUCCCUGUGUUAUAUGUUUAUUUUAUAACAAAAUCAAGUCCAUAGAUAUAGUCAGAAAAAUUAAUCGAUUCGUUACAAGAGGGGAAUAAUCAAUAAAGGUUAGUCAGAUACGCAAACUCAUCUCCAUUUCUCCACGAAUUCACGAACAACACAACAUGCAACCAACUACCAAAAACACAAGACUAUAAUCGAGAGUGGAGAAUAAUCGAUUCAUUAAAAGCGGGCGCCUCCACUUAUUGAGCCACUUUUUUGUUUUGCUGUUGUUGCCAUCGGAGGAGUCGUGACAUGCAACGAUGUUAGUCUGGUAACAUAUCACUCCGCCUCUUCGUUAUUUCAAAUCUCUUUCCAAAUCCAUCACUUCUGAAUUUACACUAACUAACCUAUUGUAUUCGAGAUUUAUAAUUUAUUUUACACUUUAUUAACUUUCUUUUAUGUAUGUUUUUUUGUGUGAGAAGAAAUACAACAUCACUAUUUAAUUACAAUAUUAUUAUAUUUAAUGUGAAAUUUUUGUGGGUAUCCACAACCAACCCGUAACGGAUAGUGGUUAACCACUACCCACUGCGAGACGGAUUGUGAGUAACAUAAUUCUAUAUUUAUGGGUGUGGUUACCCUCAAAAUGUAGGGCAGGUAACCACAUCCACCCCAAUUUCCAUAUAUAUAUAUCUAUAGACAUGCAAAACUUGAGAACAAGUCCGGUCCUGCGGAGAGGUGGCCCAUAGUGCUUUUUCAGGCCCGAUUCUCUUAACAGCGGCCGGCCCAUAUUCUCCCAGGCCCAACUCUCAAAUUGACCGUCUCUGUCUCUUCCCCACAGCUCACUUCUUCGGCGCCGAACAAACACACACCCAUUCCUCUCCGACUUAUUUCGGGGUUGGGCCGGGAAAAGAAUAAAUAGAUGUAUCCGGCUUUCAAGGCCCGGUAAACGAGUCCCAACUUUUUGUAGGCCGUUUAUAUAAAAAAAACAAAAACAAAAACAAAGAAUAUACAAAGAGAAGAAGCAGCCUUCUUCUGCUGGGGUACUGUAUUCCAAAAACCCUAUCUAAAGUUGUUAAAUUCAGAGAGACAGAGAGAGGGGGGAAAAAAAACAAGAAGCAAUCGAACAGAGCAUAGCGACGAGAGGAAGGGGGAAAAUCAACAACCAACGGAUCUGGAAAGGAAGGGGUGGGAGCAGCGUAAACAGUCUCCAGGGAGGCCUUCACAUCGUCCCGAAAACGAGAAACUGCAGAAGUCCAUAGGAUUGAGCUGGACGUAGGAGUCCGGAAGUGAAGAGUCGGCGCCGGCGGAAAAAUUGGAAGGCGGUGCAGACGAGGAGACGACAGCCGCUGGAGUAUUUAGAGUGAGGAGGAAUGUGGUGAUUGUUAUUUGAAUUUUGCGCAAAUGGACCUCCGAUUCCCUUUUUCUCCUGCGGAAGUCGCCAAAGUCCGCUGUGUUCAAUUCGGCAUACUCAGCCCUGAUGAGAUCAGGCAAAUGUCCGUAGUCCAGAUUGAGCAUAGUGAGACUACUGAGCGGGGGAAGCCCAAGGUUGCAGGCCUGAGUGAUCCUCGGUUGGGAACAAUUGACAGGAAAAUGAAGUGCGAGACUUGUACUGCGAACAUGGCAGAGUGUCCUGGCCACUUUGGACACUUGGAGCUUGCUAAGCCCAUGUUCCAUAUAGGGUUCAUGAAAACUGUACUCAGCAUAAUGAGAUGUGUUUGCUUCAAUUGCUCUAAGAUUCUUGCAGAUGAGGAAGACCAUAAGUUUAAGCAAGCCUUGAAGAUAAGGAAUCCAAAACACAAACUUCGAAAGAUCCUGGAUGCUUCCAAGAACAAGACAAAGUGUGAAGGUGGGGAUGAAAUUGAGGUUCAGGGUCACGAUGGUGAAGAGCCAGUUAAGAAGAGCCGUGGUGGAUGUGGUGCUCAGCAGCCAAAGAUUACUAUUGAAGGUAUGAAGAUGAUUGCUGAGUACAAGGCACAGAAGAAGAAAAGUGAUGAUCAGGAGCAGCUGCCUGAACCCGUUGAGAGGAAACAGACACUUACAGCAGAAAGAGUUCUUAGUGUUCUCAAGCGAAUAAGUGAUGAGGAUUGCCAACUACUGGGGCUGAACCCUAAGUAUGCACGUCCAGACUGGAUGAUUCUGCAAGUACUUCCGAUUCCACCACCACCUGUGAGACCGUCGGUCAUGAUGGAUACAUCCUCCCGCAGUGAGGAUGAUCUUACCCAUCAGCUGGCAAUGAUUAUCAGGCACAAUGAGAAUCUAAGACGACAAGAACGGAGUGGGGCUCCUGCACACAUCAUAUCUGAGUUUGCACAGUUGUUACAAUUUCACAUAGCCACAUAUUUUGACAAUGAGUUGCCGGGACAGCCAAGGGCCACUCAGAGGUCAGGGAGGCCCAUCAAAUCAAUAUGCAGUAGGCUUAAGGCUAAAGAGGGUCGUAUUAGGGGCAAUCUAAUGGGCAAACGAGUUGACUUCUCUGCUCGUACGGUGAUCACUCCCGAUCCCACCAUCAACAUUGAUCAACUUGGAGUACCAUGGAGUAUUGCCUUGAAUCUCACCUAUCCUGAAACUGUUACUCCGUAUAACAUUGAAAGGUUGAAGGAGCUGGUUGAGUAUGGGCCACAUCCUCCUCCUGGUAAAACAGGUGCAAAAUACAUUAUAAGGGAUGAUGGGCAGAGACUUGACCUCCGCUACUUGAAGAAAAGUAGUGAUCAUCAUCUGGAGCUUGGUUACAAGGUUGAGCGACAUUUGAAUGAUGGAGACUUUGUUCUUUUCAAUCGACAACCCAGUCUCCAUAAGAUGUCAAUUAUGGGUCACAGAAUCAAGAUCAUGCCAUAUUCAACUUUCCGCUUGAACUUGUCUGUCACUUCUCCAUAUAAUGCCGAUUUUGAUGGCGAUGAAAUGAAUAUGCAUGUGCCGCAGUCAUUUGAAACCAGAGCUGAAGUUUUGGAGUUAAUGAUGGUGCCAAAGUGCAUUGUUUCUCCUCAGGCCAACAGACCUGUCAUGGGAAUUGUGCAGGACUCACUCUUAGGAUGCCGCAAAAUUACCAAGAGGGAUACUUUUAUUGAGAAGGAUGUUUUCAUGAAUAUCCUGAUGUGGUGGGAAGAUUUUGACGGGAAAGUGCCUGCUCCAGCUAUUCUGAAGCCCAAGCCGCUCUGGACUGGAAAGCAAGUUUUCAAUCUCAUUAUACCAAAGCAGAUAAAUUUAAUUAGGUUUUCUGCUUGGCACAGCGACCCUGAGAAAGUAGCCAUUAACAUUACCCCUGGAGAUACAGUAGUCAGAAUUGAGAAAGGGGAGCUGCUUUCUGGAACACUUUGCAAGAAGACACUUGGGUCAUCUUCGGGAGGACUGAUUCAUGUUAUCUGGGAAGAAGUUGGCCCUGAUGCAGCAAGGAAGUUUCUGGGACACACCCAGUGGCUUGUGAAUUAUUGGCUUUUGCAGCAAGCUUUUAGCAUUGGGAUUGGAGAUACAAUUGCGGAUGCUUCUACAAUGGAAAAAAUUAAUGAAACAAUUUCAGCUGCAAAAACCGAGGUGAAAGAACUUAUUAGGAAAGCGCAGAAUAAAGAUUUGGAGCCUGAACCUGGAAGGACUAUGAUGGAAUCAUUUGAGAACAAAGUGAACCAGGUCCUGAACAAAGCUCGUGAUGAUGCCGGAAGUAGUGCGCAGAAAAGUUUAUCUGAGAGCAAUAAUCUCAAGGCAAUGGUCACUGCUGGAUCAAAAGGGAGUUUCAUUAAUAUCUCACAAAUGACUGCUUGUGUGGGACAACAGAAUGUUGAGGGAAAACGGAUACCAUACGGCUUUGUUGAUCGAACACUGCCUCACUUCACAAAGGAUGACUAUGGGCCCGAAAGCCGUGGAUUUGUGGAGAAUUCAUACCUCCGUGGGUUGACUCCGCAAGAGUUCUUUUUUCAUGCAAUGGGUGGUAGGGAAGGUCUCAUUGAUACUGCGGUGAAAACAUCUGAGACUGGAUACAUACAGAGGCGACUGGUGAAAGCUAUGGAGGAUAUAAUGGUAAAAUAUGAUGGUACUGUGAGGAACUCAUUGGGCGAUGUGAUUCAGUUCCUUUAUGGGGAAGAUGGAAUGGAUGCUGUCUGGAUUGAAUCCCAAAAGGUGGAGUCAUUGAAAAUGAAGAAACCUGAGUUCGAUAAGUUCUUCAAGUACGAAAUUGAUGAUCCUAAUUGGAGUCCUAAUUACAUGUUGCCCGAUCAUGUCGAGGAUUUAAAGAACAUACGGGAAUUGCGUGAUGUGUUUGAUGCUGAAGUUGCAAAGCUUGACGGAGACAGAAAGCAACUUGGAACCGAGAUUGCCACCACUGGUGACACUUCCUGGCAUUUGCCUGUUAACCUUGCGAGGCUCAUAUGGAAUGCACAGAAGACAUUUAAGGUUGACACAAGAAAGCCUUCGGAUAUUCACCCAAUGGAGGCUGUUGAAGCUGUUGAUAAGUUGCAAGAAAGGCUGAAGGUUGUCCCUGGUGAGGAUCGAUUGAGUGUUGAAGCACAAAAAAAUGCUACUCUCUUCUUCUCAAUCUUGCUCCGUAGCACUUUGGCAAGUAAGAGGGUGCUCCAGGAAUACAGGCUCAGUCGUGAAGCGUUUGAUUGGGUUAUUGGUGAGAUAGAGUCCCGUUUCUUGCAAUCAUUGGUUGCUCCAGGUGAAAUGAUUGGUUGUGUUGCAGCACAGUCUAUUGGGGAGCCUGCUACUCAGAUGACUCUCAACACAUUUCACUAUGCUGGUGUUAGUGCAAAGAAUGUCACCCUUGGUGUUCCCAGGUUGAGGGAAAUCAUUAACGUAGCCAAGAAAAUAAAGACACCUUCUCUUUCUGUUCUUCUGCAACCAGAAUGGAGCCAGACAAAGGAGAGGGCUAAAACUGUCCAAUGUGCCCUGGAGUAUACAACCCUGCGAAGUGUUACACAAGCUACCGAGGUUUGGUACGAUCCGGAUCCCACAAGUACAAUUAUUGAUGAGGAUGCCGAUUUUGUGAGAUCUUAUUACGAGAUGCCAGAUGAAGAGGUUGCACCUGAAAAGAUUUCUCCUUGGCUGCUUCGUGUAGAGUUGAACCGUGAAAUGAUGGUUGAUAAGAAACUAAACAUGGCUGACAUUGCUGCCAAAAUCAACCUCGAGUUUGACGAUGAUUUAACUUGCAUCUUCAAUGAUGACAAUGCCGAGAAGCUGAUUCUCCGCAUCCGUAUCAUGAACGAUGAAGCCCCUAAAGGCGAGCUUACUGAUUCAUCAGCUGAAGAUGAUGUUUUCCUGAAGAAAAUCGAGAGCAACAUGCUGACGGAAAUGGCUCUGAGAGGUAUUCCAGAUAUCAACAAGGUCUUCAUCAAGCAUGGCAAAGUAAGCAAGUUUGAUGACAAUGACGGAUUCAAAACGGUGGAAGAGUGGAUGCUGGACACUGAAGGUGUCAAUCUGUUGGCUGUCAUGUGUCAUGAAAGUGUUGAUGCCAAGAGGACAAGUAGCAAUCACUUGAUUGAAGUUAUUGAAGUGCUGGGAAUUGAGGCAGUUCGUCGUGCACUUCUUGAUGAGCUCCGGGUCGUUAUUUCUUUCGAUGGAUCAUAUGUGAAUUACAGGCAUCUUGCUAUAUUGUGUGAUACCAUGACAUAUCGUGGUCACUUGAUGGCAAUUACUCGGCAUGGUAUAAACAGGAAUGACACUGGACCUAUGAUGAGGUGCUCAUUCGAAGAAACUGUUGACAUCCUUCUUGAUGCUGCUGUAUAUGCUGAGUCGGAUUAUUUGAGGGGUGUGACUGAAAAUAUCAUGCUAGGUCAGCUUGCACCUAUUGGCACCGGAGGGUGUGCAUUGUAUCUGAAUGAUGAAAUGUUGAAGAAUGCCAUUGAACUGCAGCUUCCCAGUUAUAUGGAGGGUAUGGAGUUUGGGAUGACACCUGGUCGUUCUCCAAUAUCUGGAACUCCUUAUCAUGAGGGGAUGAUGUCUCCAAACUACUUGCUGAGCCCAAGUCUACGCCUCUCGCCUAUCUCAGAUGCUCAAUUUUCACCUUAUGUAGGUGGUAUGGCAUUUUCCCCUGCAUCAUCGCCUGGGUACAGCCCAUCAUCUCCAGGCUACAGCCCUUCUUCUCCAGGAUACAGUCCGACAUCACCUGGAUAUAGUCCGACCUCGCCUGGGUACAGCCCCACUUCGCCCGGUUACAGCCCCACUUCACCAACAUAUAGUCCCAGUUCUCCUGGGUACAGUCCAACAAGUCCGGCCUACUCUCCAACAAGCCCAUCUUACUCCCCUACCUCUCCGAGCUAUAGCCCUACAUCCCCAAGCUACAGCCCAACAUCCCCAAGCUACAGCCCGACGUCCCCGAGCUAUAGUCCUACAUCCCCUAGUUAUAGUCCUACUUCUCCAGUUUACAGUCCCACUUCCCCGGCGUACAGUCCUACUUCACCGGCGUACAGCCCUACAUCACCAUCUUAUAGCCCAACCUCUCCUUCUUACAGCCCUACUUCACCUUCAUAUAGUCCUACGUCUCCGUCCUACAGUCCAACGUCUCCUUCAUAUAGCCCCACUUCACCUGCAUAUAGCCCCACUUCACCAGGGUACAGCCCGACAUCGCCGAGCUAUAGUCCUACAUCUCCAAGCUAUAGCCCAACGUCGCCAAGUUACAACGCGCAGUCAGCAAAAUACAGUCCUUCACUUGCUUACUCACCAAGCAGUCCCAGAUUAUCCCCUGCUAGUCCUUACAGUCCUACAUCUCCAAGCUAUAGCCCUACUUCACCUUCAUAUUCACCGACGUCUCCAUCAUACUCCCCAUCAAGCCCAACAUACAGUCCCAGCAGCCCGAGUGCAGGGUAUUCCCCAAGUGCACCGGGGUACUCACCAUCAUCUACAGGACAGUAAAUGUGACGAGAAAGGCAAGGGAUGGGGGGGAACACAAAUAGAAUGAAUGGACUUGGGGUUUGCCUGAAAUGAACUGGAAUACAAAGGGCAGGGUUUCACCUUGGCUCUUGUGUAUAAAUUGAUUAAGGACAUUGGUGAUCAACUUUUCUUUUUCUCCUAGUGGAAUAUAGGAAUGGAUGAUGAAUACAAUCUGAGUAGGAGGGACAGUUUGGUUUCUGGUUGCUUGUAUUGUAUUGAGCCAAUUGCCCAUCUGAUUUCUAGCGGUUCUGCAAUCGAUCAAGUGAGAAGCUGUGGUGGAGGUGAUUGAAACCAUUUGCCCACUAAAAUAGGAAGGUGUGGUUUGGUUGGUGUGUGAAAUAUGUGGAGUUGGGGCAUGGCUUUUGGUCGGAAACUGUAAAAAUAUGUGUAGUCUCUUCUGUUUAUUAGAGAAUUGGAGUUGGGGUAUGGAUAUUUUCUUGAUCCCCUUCCUUGGCUUCUAUCAGUUGUCUUGGGUUCACUUGUUAACUUACCUUGGACUUUUUGACAGUAGCAGACUAGCAGGUUGAUUUAUUUUGUGGAUAGUGGACGUUUUGUUAUCCUUGUGUUUUCUCACUUUCCAUAUUUUUUACAGUAGCUCUAGCUUACUAGCAGGUUAAUUAAUUCUCCCAUCUUUUCACGACUUCACUCGGAAUAGAGUUUCCAAUUUCCAGUGUUAUAUUUAGGGAUGUGAAUACUGAAUAGGCAAGAGAUUUAAGUAGAAUGCCUAUUGAGUUCAGGUGGUUAAUUGCAUGGUUGGUCACUGAGAUUACAAAAAAAACAUUCAAGUUUGGUUACUCGAAAUAUUUAAAUCUACAAAUUUACUGGUGGUACUUAAGUUAUUGAAACCAUUCAUGUUUGGUCACUUUCUGUCCAACUCCGUCAAAUUUUGAUUACGUGGUAGUCAACACUAAAAGUUUAUCGUUAAAUGUGUGAUGUGGCAAUUAAAAAAUAACUAAAUAAAUAAAAUUUAAUUUUUUUAAAUUUUCACCUUAUUUUUAACUAUUAAAAAGAUAAAAAUCCUGUAGUUCAGAUACGGGCUCCUCGGAUUCUUCGAGACAAACGGGGUCAUGUAACUGUAGAUCCUCCGAAUCUGGCCCAGAUACUUCUAAUCUGCCUCAACCCCGACCUCUGAGGAUCUGGUGACUAAGGGGUGGUCUUUAGUCAAGUGACUAAGUCCCUCCUAGCCCUUAGAUCUACAUAAACUAAUCUAAUAGUUAAAAUAUAGGAAGAGAUAUUUAAUUAAUGAAAGGGUAGUUAUGGU